AUGGAUCACUCUUUGUUUGGUUGUCUGCGUAGCCCUCAUGCCCCAGCCCAGGACCUGCAACCCGCCAUCACCCACUCGCCACUGACCCUGCACGACCAGAGUGACCGAGUCUGCUACGUGGAUCUACCCAGCUCCUCACCCCCCUGCGGCUACCCUGAAGGAGAGGACAAUGAGGUGUUUAGCAGCACAGCACACCUGCCUCAGCAGCAGCACCCAGCAGGCUGGCCCCUCUCUCCCCAGAUGCUCUCACCUAACACCCGGCACCGUGUCUGCCUGCCACCGCUUGAGGCCACGGCAGCCCCGGAACUUUGCUCAGGGGCCCAGAACCUGUGUGGCUCCAACCCAGGUUUGGGCAGUGGUAAACCCAAGGGGGCGUCCUGUGUGACUGGGAAGUAUGGCCGGCAAAGUGUGUCUUCAGAGGACCAAGACAAAAGGAGCAGUAAAGUCAUGGAUGAUAACUCAGAGUCCCAAGACGGGAGCUUUAAGUCAGACAUGAACAGCAAGCCCAGGAAGGAGCGCACAGCCUUCACCAAAGAACAGAUCCGGGAACUGGAGUCCGAGUUUUCACACCACAACUAUUUGACCAGACUGAGACGCUACGAAAUAGCUGUCAACCUCGACCUCACGGAACGACAAGUGAAGGUAUGGUUCCAGAACAGGAGGAUGAAGUGGAAGCGUGUGAAAGGAGGCCAGCAGGGGGCAGCAGCACAAGAGAAAGAGCUAGUGAAUGUAAAAAAAGGGAUGUUACUGCCAUCUGAGUUUUCAGAGAUCGUAGGACUGAAGCGUUCUGCCAGUUUGCAGAGGCUGGUGUCCAAGGAUGACAGCCACGACAGUGACCAGAGCUCAGAGAAUUCUAACUUAUGA